CCACAAAAAGCCAACAAACAGCAAUCAAUAUUUUCAAUAAGAAAAAACAAAAACUUUACUUCCGACCCCGUCCCUCUCUCAUUCCCACAAAAAAAAAAAACAAAAAACAAAAUAAAGAACACAAAAAAAUCAAAUGAUACGUUAUUUAUUGAUUGCAAUGCCCAUCGCGUUAUCGUGGCAAUCACACAGUUAUCGACAUUUGUUGGGGGUGACGCUGACCUUUCGCUGCCUUUCUUUUUACCAAUCAAAGAGUCUGCUUUUUUAAUUUCAUUUCAUAAUAAGUGAUUCAAUGGAGAAAUAGUGCUUAAAAUUUUUUAGAAUAUUCAGUAAAUUAUCUUUUAAUUGUCCGCUUAAGUGUCCAGAAACUCUGGAAAAGAUUAAAUCCCCUCAACAAAUGUUCGACUCGCUGCUCCAAUCCAGUUCCUCUCUCGGUUCCCGAAGAGUUUAGUUGCGUGUCGCCCAAGAAGGAAGGCGUGGACCUUUCGAGUUGCCCGCAACAACAACGGCGUAAGGCGGCAAACCGAUGGUCCUCGACAUGGAGUCGGACGAUUCUCGUGCCAGCUCUCCGUCCAACUCGUCGGAGUCUCUUUCCAAUUCGCCCGAUAAUUCCAUUAAGGAUCCUGAUGAGCAGAAGGAAGAAGUAUCUGAAGCGGCCAGGACACUAAAUCGUUCUGUUCGUGGCGGUUCCACCAGCAGCUCCUCCUCAAACUCCAGCUCCAGUUCCAGUCGCAGUGAUGUGUCCAAGAAGCAAAAGAAAAGCUCCAGCAGCAGCAGCGACAGCGGCAGUGGCAGCAGCUCCUCGAGUGGUUCGUCCAGUGAAGAUGAGCCGGAACCCGAGCGCCAACAGCAGAUCGAGCAAGAGCCACAGCAGCAGCAGUCUCAGCCGGAGCCAGAGCUACAACAAGAGCCACAGGGAGAGCCAAUGCGAGAGCCAGAGCCGGAGCGAGAGCCAGAGCCAGAACAAGAGCCGGAGCCAGUGCGAGAACCAAAGCCCGAGAUAGAACCCGAGCCAGAGCCUGAGCCCAAACCAGAGCAAGUGUUAGAGGCUACGGCGGCACCCGCAACAUCUCCGUUGGCCUCGAAAACCGAGAAACCUGGCUCACCGCCCAGCGCCAAAUCGUUCCUCUCUUCCGUACGCAGUCGAAGCAACAGUCCGCAGCUGUACAACCAAGCGGCUGUGGAUCUUAACAUCAGUCAUGAGGAUCUGAGUGAUGUCAGCGAUAUUGAGGCUGAAGAGAAGCCGAAGAACUCACGCCACCAGACAGAGAAGCCGAUGGAGGUGGAUGAGGAGGCUGCUGACGAGGAGGAGGAUGGCGCUCUGUCAGAUGACUCACUCUCCGCUAUGGAAGAGGACGAAGAUGAGGGGAAACGGGUCAAGCUAAAUGGUCGCCAGAAGCCAGGCAAGGCCAGCAAGGAUGCCAAGCUUGAUGGACGCACACCAGCCUCUGGCUUAGAGGAGGAUCUGGUGAAGACCCAUGACGAUGAUGCUUUGGACUUUGAAGCAGAGGAGGGCGAGUGCCCAGAGCAGAUCAAAGCCAGCGAAACAAAACAGGCCAAGACCACAGAGUCGCAAAUGGAUGAGGAUGUUGUCGAGAAUAAAGGCAACCAUGGCGUUGGUAGUGACAAAAACAGUGACUCCAACGGCGAGGACAAUGAUGAUGAUGAUGAUGGCGAAGUGGAUGCCGACGAUGAUGAGGAAGGCAAGAGCAAGGCCAAGAGCAAGACCCUAGACGGUAUUGCCAGCAAUGGUAGCCUUGAGGAUGGCGAGGAUGAGGCCAAAGACAAGGCCUUGUCAGUCACUUCAUCAUCGACGUCGGUAGCUCAGAAGAAGAAAAAGGAUGAAGAGGAGCUGGAAGAGGGCGAGGUGUCCGAUGAGGAUGAAAAGCGUCCCGAGGAAACGGAACCCAAGCCCGUGUGUCGCUUCUAUACACGUGGACAGUGCACCUGGGGCAUGAGCUGUCGCUUCCUGCAUCCCGGUGUCACCGACAAGGGUAACUACACGAUGUUCGAGAGCCUCGUUCGCUCCGUGCCCAUACAGGGCGGAGGAGCAUCCUCCUCGGCGGCAGCUGCUGCUGCUGUUGCUGCUGCUGGACCCUCUAGCUCAACAUCUCGCGCCAGCUCCUCCGCGUACAGUGCUCAUGCUGCCUCAGCAGCCGAUUAUCAUGACUAUAGAACUGAGCGACCAGCGCUGCUCCAUCGACCGGCACUACUCCAUGCUCCGACAUUAUACAGCAGCGGUCACGACGCCCGGCUGCCCGAGGUUGGACCCGUGGUGGAGAAUGCCUGGGAAAGGGGUCUGCGUACCGCCAAAGAGAUGAUGCGUAAGGCCAAUAAGCGCAAGGAGCAGGAUAUGGACUUUGAGGACAAGAAAAUGAACCUCACCCUCUCACCGGACGAACUGGAGAAGGAUCCGUAUUACCUCAAGGAGCGCGGCACUAGCUUGGCCCGUUCCCCACCGCCACCACUUCAAUCAUCGUCCCGCGAUCCAGCCAUGCUGCAUCCGCUCAGCAUGCCGCUGUCCAUGCAUCCGCAUGCCAUACCGCAUCCCCAUGGCCAUGGUCAUGCCAAUCCGCGUGCUCUCCUGCCGCCAUACUCGGUGUAUGGAGCUCCGCCAGCGGAUCGUUACGGUCGAGGUCCGUAUGUAUCGGCGCACCAUUACGAGGAUGUGGACGCUUAUGGGCGCAUGGCGAGAUAUCGAGAAUUGCCGCCGCAUCGAAUGCCACACUAUGAGGACGAUCGCAGGCUGAGACCUGCGCGGGAGGUGAUUGUCCAGCGUGUGGAGGCAGCCGGUGGCCAUGGAGGCCGUGGUGAUGAAUGGAACGAUCCCUGGAUGCGUUCCAAGUCCAUGGGACGUGGCUCGUAUGAGCGUGAGGAGCGACGGCGACGUGAUCGUCGCAGCUACAGCAGCAACUCGUCCUACUCGACGUCGAACAGCUCGCAGAGUGACUCCAGCUCGGACUCGUCGCGCUCGAGCAGUCCGCCGCCGGAACACAAACGACGCUAUGGCAGCAGUUCGCACAAGUUGGCCGCAGGCGCCUCCUCGGCCUCCUCAGGGCGUCGUCUUAGCGGUCGAACAGCGCGCUCGCCCAGCCAGAUACCACGACGUCCCAGGCACUCGUCCAAGGGCAGCCUUUCGCCUUCAUACAAGCGUCCGGCUUUGGACAAGCGAACUGGGGGACAUAGUCCCGCCUCCAAGCGCAAGAAGCUUGCCUCGCCAACGCCCAAGAAGUUUGACAAGCUAAGACGUCGUCGCAGCUCCAGCUCAUCUGACUCAGAUUCAUCAAGCACUUCGUACUCGGAAUCGGAUUCAGGUUCCUCAUCAUCUGGCAGCUCUUCGGGAUCCCGCGAUACUCCCCAGAAGCGUGUAAGAGCCACCGACAAGGCUCUUAAUGAAAGAAAGCUAAUCAAGAAGCCCGUUGAACAAGUGACCAAGAAGCGUUCACCCAUUUCCAUUGAGAUUAAGAAGACGUCGAACAUGGUGGGAGUGUCUGCGCUGGCCUCGCCCAAUAACUCAGCCAACUCGGACAAUGAGAACGAGCCGCGGCAGCAGCAUGGCAAGGACAAGGAGAAGGAGCCACAGGCAAAGGACAAGGAUAAGGACAAGGAUGAGAAGGAUAAAGACAAGGAGACAAAGGAUAAGGCGAGGGAUCUAGGCAUGGACGAUGGCAAGAAGUCACGCCGCGAGGAGCUAUUGAAGCAACUGCGCGCCGUCGAGGAUGCCAUUGCCAAAAGCGCUCUAGGCUGAACUAAGGCCGCCGCCUCCUACUUCCUCCCAAAAAAAAAAAAACUCCUGCUUUCCCAAAGCUCCAAUCCAAUCCAUCCCAUCUUUUGGCAUCAAUCAAUACUUAGUGGUUAACGUAACAUUCGCAUCGGAUUCGAUAUAUGGAAACCUCGUUUGCCUCGUUCGCAGCGUUGGCGAAUUUAUCAAUUCUAUGUAUUUUAGGCUUAAAGUUGAAAUAUCCUAACCAUUUUUUUAAUUUCUCCUUCUGACACCCCCACCACAAGUGAUGGAGCAUUAACAAUUAAAACUAUGUUUACAAUAGAUCAUAAAUAAAGGAUGAUAAAAAUC